UCUUGCUGCAAGCAUCCAGCCCUCUCCAUCCGCGGACAUUCGGCCCUGCAUUGCCUCUCCAGCCAACAUCGCGAGAUUGUUCUGCGGAUCAUUAAUCCAGUACCCCCUCCCUCCACUCCUCAGCUAUAUACACACACACACACACAGACAACCUCACGUCAAGCGGCGUAGGCAGCAAACAACAGCUUACACAGCUGACAGAGCGACCACCUGCAGUCCCAGUGUGUGUAUCGCCUAUUCGCAUACAGUUCCAAAAGAGACGCGAAGGAAAUGAAUUUGCUCGUGGCCUCGGUGUUGGGGAUCCUCCUGCCCUCCGUCACCCUGUGUCAGUCACAGCAUCAUCCCGAGCUCCAGGUUAGCACCAAGUCGGGAAAAGUCAAGGGUACAAGAAUACCGGUGUUGUCCAGCCACGUCAGUGCUUUCCUGGGAAUCCCAUUUGCAGAACCUCCAGUUGGGAAUUUGAGGUUCAAAAAACCUGAAGGCAAGAGGCCAUGGUCGGGACUCUGGGACGCCUCUGCCUAUCCCAAGAACUGCCAGCAGUACGUCGACAAGGAGUUCCCUGGGUUUCCCGGUUCCGAGAUGUGGAAUCCCAACAAGGAGAUGAGUGAGGACUGUUUGUACCUCAACGUCUGGGUGCCUUCUCCAAAGCCAAAGAACGCCACGGUCAUGGUCUGGUUCUACGGAGGCGGCUUCUACAGUGGAGCCUCCACCUUGGACGUCUACAAUGGGAAGUAUCUGGCCCACGUUGAGAAGGUGGUGGUGGUCUCCAUGAACUACAGGGUGGGUGCGUUUGGUUUCCUCGCCCUGCACGGCAGUCAAGAGGCACCUGGGAACGUGGGCCUUCUGGACCAGAGGCUGGCUUUACAAUGGGUGCAGGACAACAUCCAAUCCUUCGGCGGCGACCCAAAGAUGGUGACCAUUUUCGGCGAGAGUGCCGGCGGGGCCUCUGUCGGCAUGCACCUGCUGUCCCCGGGGAGCAGGGACCUCUUCCACCGGGCCAUUCUUCAGAGCGGCUCGCCAAAUUGUCCAUGGGCCACCGUCUCAGUGGCGGAAGGCCGUCGGAGGGCCGUCGAAUUGGGAAGACUCCUCAACUGUAACAUCAACAGCGACAGUGAGUUAAUCCAGUGUCUUCGGGCAAAAGAGCCUCAUGAGCUGAUCGACAAGGAGUGGUCGGUGCUCCCCUACCACAGUGUCUUCCGGUUUUCCUUUGUUCCCAUCAUUGACGGGGAAUUCUUCCCAGAUUCCCUGGACGCCAUGCUGGACUCGGGCAGCAUCAAGAAAACUCAGGUCUUGUUGGGCGUCAACAAGGACGAAGGUUCGUACUUCCUUCUGUACGGAGCGCCGGGCUUCAGCAAGGACUCGGAGAGCAUCAUCUCGCGCGAAGACUUCACGGUCGGGGUCAAGCUCAGCGUGCCGCACGCCAGCGACCUGGGAUUGGAAGCUGUGGCACUACAGUACACCGACUGGAUGGACGAACACAACGGCAUAAAGAACAGAGACGCGAUGGAUGACAUUGUGGGCGACCACAACGUCAUCUGCCCCUUGAUGCGCUUUGCCAACAAGUAUUCCGAGUUUGGUAUCGGCAUCUACAUGUACUUCUUCGACCACCGGGCCUCCAACCUGGUGUGGCCGGAAUGGAUGGGAGUGAUCCACGGCUAUGAGAUUGAGUUUGUCUUCGGCCUGCCCCUGGAGAAGAAACUCAACUACACGAAACAGGAGGAGAUGCUGAGCAGGAAGAUGAUGCACUACUGGUCAACGUUUGCAAAAACCGGGAACCCAAACGAUCCCCAUCCGCAGGAGAAAAGAUGGCCUCCCUUCACCACCAGCGAGCAGAAGUUCAUUGCCCUCAACACGGAGCCGGUCAAAAUCUACACACGUCUCCGAGUGCAGAUGUGUGUGUUCUGGAACCAGUUCCUCCCCAAGCUCCUCAAUGCCACAGAGACCAUCGACGAGGCAGAACACCAGUGGAAGAUGGAGUUCCACCGGUGGAGCUCCUACAUGAUGCACUGGAAGAAUCAGUUUGACCACUACAGCAGGCAAGAGCGCUGUGCUGAGCUGUGAGCCACGCCAACGGUUCGCCCCGUGAGGCAGAGAGUAGAGUCCGGCGUUGACCAGGCGCCAGUCUCGUUCCUGGCGACACUGCAUGGCCACCAAACUUUGCCUUUGAGAAUGCCUCCGAUGCACCGACCCAUCUCUCCCCCGCCCCCAGCUCUACGUGUUCCUCUCGAGCGAUCCCACCAACAUUCGGCGGUCUUCCGCCUUUUCCACUGGCUUUCCGCUGCUCUUCUGUCCAAUCCACUGGCCCUCUCCUCACCCCACACACACACUCUCUCCCUACUGCCCCCUCAGUCCAAUUCUCUCUCCCCGCCCAACACAAACCCUCCGCCACCAUCCUCUUGCUAGCCACCUCCAUCUACUCUUCUUGCCCCAUGCCCUCUCCCGCCACUACUAAUGUCCCCUUCCUAGGCAGUAAAAGGAAGACGUUUUUAUUGGCCAAGUAUUCACAUACAAGGAAUUUGCCUUGGCGCUCCGCCCGCAAGUGACAACAUGACAUACAGUGACAGUCAGGAA